AACACAGUGAUGAAAAUACGUAAAGCAUUUUACAACAUGACUCAAAGAAAGCAAUCAAAGUUCAUUCUUGAUACUCUUCAGUUUAGGUAUAUCAAAUCCAGACUACAUGAAAACAGAUUGCCAGAAGAUUACAGGACAGGUCAACAGUAUCUCAGCACAAGAUAUAUUUCAGCAAUGAUGUAUUUUAAAGAAUAUGCAGAAACUUUGGGGAAAAGCAACCAGAUUGUCCAGAAAUCCACCUUCCAUCUUGUUUGACGAAGAUAGCUGUAUUCAAAGAUUAUAAGCUUCAAUGUGAUGUGUCACAACAGCCUAGCAUAAGUUUAUCAAGCUUUUAUGAGAUGUGGCGUAAAGAAUUUUCACAUGUAAAGUUUAGAAAGCACCAGAAGCUGUCAAAAUGUACAGAGUGUACACUGUUUAAAGAAGCACUCCUUACAAAGCUCACAAAAGAACAAAAAGAAGAAUUACUGAUGAAAAGGAAAGCACAUUUUGCAUUGCAACUCCUAGCAAAACAGAAAUAUUAUAAACAUAGAGCAAAAGCUAGAUCCAGUCCUCAACACUAUCUGUCAUUGAUAAUAGAUAAUAUGGACCAGGCAAAAACCACACUUCCAAGAUUCUCAUUGAAUUCAAAGACUGACUCAGCCUAUGCUGGAGUUCAUCAUCAUGUUACUGGUGCAUUAUGCCAUGGUUUUGGACUAGACUUUGGAUUUACUUGGACAGACUGUUUCCACCCUGAUUCAAAUGUCACAUUGAACUGCCUUCUGAAAGUGCUUCACCAUGUCAAAGAGAUCAACGACAAUGCACUGCCACCAGUUUUGUAUUUGCAAGCAGACAACUGUGGUAAAGACAACAAAAACCACUUUGUGCUGAUGUUUUUAGCUGCUCUUGUGAAGGCAGAGGUAUUCAAGAAGAUUAAACUUUCUUUUUUGAUGGUGGGACACACACAUGAGAAUGUGGACCAACUGUUUAGUAGAGUCAGCACCAAGUUAUGUCAAGAGAAUGCACCAACGCUUCCAGAACUCCAUGCAAGGAUAAGGGAAGCAUCCACACCUUCACCCAUUGUUAUUCACCUCAACAGCAUUUUCAAUUUCAAGGAAAAACUCAUUAAUCUAAACAGAUGUGACGGAAUUAAAGCUCCACAUAUAUUUAAAUUUGUAAAGGAUGGUCCCAUUGUUAAGAUGUCAAUAAAAGACUGGCCUUUGGAGUAUGAGCAGUACAGAAAAGUGAACUUAGAGAACAUUCCCACCUUACAGGAAAUCUGCACAUCCUUAAACCCUGUGAGGAAAAAUCCAAAAAUUGAUUCAGUCACUGCAGCAAUGAAUAGGGAUCUGCCAAAAUGGAAGCAAGCAGGACGUUUAACCAGGGAUCAGCACACAUGGUGGCAGGAAUACCUUGAAGUAUUAAACACAGAUGAUCCAGCACUCCCAUCAGUACCAUUACCAACCUCCUUACCAAAAUUUCAGAUUCCUGCAGUAGAAAGGCCAUCUAGGGCACUGGAUCCCAAAAUUUUGGAAGCCAUCAAUAGACAUAUUGUUCAGCUGCAGACUUCAUCAGAGAUCCAGGUAGUGAGGCCAAGAAGAUGUUAAAUCCAGGAUUUAAAACCAAGAACACCAGUCAUCCUAAAUAUUUAUUUGUGUUUUGUAUGCCCACAAGUUUGAACUUUGAACUGGCAUUUUGCACUAAACUUGUACAUUUUUUAUACAACCAGAAAAAAUCGUUUGGGUUGGUAUGAUAUUGUCGUCUGCUGCUUCAUUGUCAUCGAAAGACACAUUCUGCUUUCAGACAAUUAUUUAAGUUUGAGUGAAAGAAUGUCCAUGAAAUUUUUCGAAUUUACAAGAAGCAAGAAGGUUAAAUUGUUUAAGUGUAUUAAUGUCUCUUAAAUUGUACUACAAGGUUCUAUGCUACAAAGGGAAGUCUGGAAUUGAGGCUGUGGGUUGAUGGUUUUGCCUUAAAAAAAAUAUUUCCUAUUCAUUUUUAUCAAUAGUUUUCAAAUAACAAAUAUUUUGAGAAGUUUCAAGAAAAAAUCUUCAAAUGCACAGUUUUGUGAAAGAGACUUUUAAGAUCUUAAACCACAUUUAUUUGGUGUCAAAAAUUAGUCACAAUCUUAAUUUGGAAUUUUCAAGCUGGAAUAUUGUGUUGAAAUUUGUCCAAACUAUUCAUGGUUUGACCUCUGGGGUUGUAUCAGGCUGUGCUCGGCAAAGCAUUUUAUGUUAUUAUGUUUUAUGUUCUUUGCUUUUUUAUUUUAAUGUUGGAUAAUUGUAUAUAGCUAUUAAUUUAAACAAAUAUCAAUCUGUGUUGUGCAUGUUUGUGACAUACAUGUGGAAAUACUGCAUCUAGUUAAGAAAUUUAUAAAAUGUUUCCUAAAAUAACCUCUUUCCUAUAAUUGACUUAUUUAAGGAAAGGAAGUGAGAAAAAGUGUGCAAGUCUCCAGACUAGAUUUGAAUAGCCAUCAA